UGAGAUGGGCAGUUGUGUUUCGGGGGACUGCGCAGUCAAAACGGCAAAGAGAGUGAUUUAUUUGGGCUUCAGUAAAUGCUGCAUCUUGUAUUUCAAAGAGUUUCCUGUCAUGACCUCAUAAAAAAGAGGAGGCGGCUUGUAUGUGUAGCGGUGCCUGGCGUGUUGAGUUGUUGCUUCCUUCUCUGGGCAGCAGCUCUGUAAGAAGGAAUGUCAGCUUUUACAUAACGUUCCUUUCCGCUUUUGACACACUGUGUGAGGGUCCAUCUUCUUCUGAUCACAGAUGGAGUGGAAUGGCUUGAAGAUGAUAAUUAGCACCAUGGAGCCACAGGUGUCAAAUGGCCCGACAUCCAAUACAAGCAAUGGACCCUCCAGCAACAAUAGAAACUGUCCUUCUCCCAUGCAGACAGGGGCAGCCACAGAUGACAGCAAAACCAACCUCAUAGUCAACUAUUUACCCCAGAACAUGACCCAGGAGGAAUUCAGGAGUCUCUUUGGGAGCAUUGGUGAAAUAGAAUCCUGCAAACUCGUGAGAGACAAAAUUACAGGACAGAGUUUAGGGUAUGGAUUCGUUAACUAUAUUGAUCCAAAGGAUGCAGAGAAAGCCAUCAAUACUUUAAAUGGACUCAGACUCCAGACCAAAACCAUAAAGGUCUCAUAUGCCCGUCCGAGCUCUGCCUCAAUCAGGGAUGCUAACCUCUACGUUAGCGGCCUUCCCAAAACCAUGACCCAGAAGGAACUGGAGCAGCUUUUCUCGCAAUAUGGCCGUAUCAUCACCUCUCGAAUCCUGGUUGAUCAAGUCACAGGAGUGUCCAGAGGGGUGGGAUUCAUUCGGUUUGAUAAGAGAAUCGAGGCAGAAGAAGCCAUCAAAGGGCUGAAUGGCCAGAAGCCCAGCGGUGCUACAGAACCGAUUACUGUGAAGUUUGCCAACAACCCCAGCCAGAAGUCCAGCCAGGCCCUGCUCUCCCAGCUCUACCAGUCUCCCAAUCGGCGCUACCCUGGCCCGCUGCACCACCAGGCCCAGAGAUUCAGGCUGGACAAUUUGCUUAAUAUGGCCUAUGGCGUAAAGAGACUGAUGUCUGGACCAGUCCCCCCUUCUGCCUGUCCCCCCAGGUUCUCCCCAAUCACCAUUGACGGAAUGACAAGCCUUGUGGGAAUGAACAUCCCUGGUCACACAGGAACAGGCUGGUGCAUCUUUGUCUACAACCUGUCCCCUGAUUCCGACGAGAGUGUCCUCUGGCAGCUCUUCGGCCCCUUUGGCGCAGUGAACAACGUUAAGGUCAUCCGCGACUUCAACACCAAUAAGUGCAAGGGAUUCGGCUUUGUCACCAUGACCAACUAUGAUGAGGCAGCCAUGGCCAUUGCCAGCCUCAACGGGUACCGCCUAGGAGACCGAGUGUUGCAAGUUUCCUUUAAAACCAACAAAGCCCACAAGUCCUGAAUUUCCCAUCCUUACUUAUUAAAAUAUAUAUAUAAAUAUAUACGAACAACACACACACACAUACACACACACACACACACACACACAAAAGAGAGAGAAACAAACUUUUCGAGGCUUAUAUUCAACCAUGGACUUUAUAAGCCAGUGUUGCCUAAGUAUUAAAACAUUGGAUUAUCCUGAGGUGUACCAGGAAAGGAUUUUAUAAUGCUUAGAAAAAAAAAGAAAAAAAAACAAAAAAAUACCUUUGAUGCAUUGAAUGUUCUUUCAUAGCUGUCGUUGUUGAAUAUAAUAUACAUAGAUAGCGAUGUGCAGGGAUUUUAACCCAGCCAGCUAACUUUACUACCUUCCUUGAAGGUGGGUCUUUUUAAGAUGACCAUUCGCUCAUUUGAAGAAGAAAAACAAAAAACAAAAAAAAAAUAAAAAUAAAACAAUUUUUACAAAGUAAUGGGAUUCAAAGAAAGAAAAAAAAGAUUUUUUUUUUGUCAAAAAGUUGAUCCAAUCAGAUUGGUAAAAACCCCCCACACAAAUUAAAGAGGAAUAAUAAAAAUUGCAAAAAUGAAAAAAAAACUUUUGCAAAUUUUUUUAUUUUUCCUUUUUUCUUUUAUAUCAUGUGAACUAAAAACAGUCUUCUGUUAGGGGAUGGGGGCAAGGGGGAUACCUGAUGACAUUAACAAUUUAAUAACAUUAACAUUGUUGCCAAAGAGGUGGUCUCUUUGCUGAAAAUGGGUUUCAAGAAAAAUCUAUUUUUAUAAAAUAUAAAGAAUUUUUACAAGAGAAUCUGGAUUUGAGAAAAAAAUAUUUUGACUGGCUAAUUUAGGGGAAAUUGACAACUUUGUCGCGUUCAUACUGCACUGGUAACUUUUUAGAGAUCAAGAUGUGUGUUUUAAACUGGAUUCGUAGACUGUUUUUUGAAGGAUGGGCUAUAAACAGAUGAUCUUCAUAUCUUUUCAUAGCAUGUAAUAAUAAUAAAAAAACAAUUAUUAAUUACUAGGGGAAAGGAGUGUUCGUUCUACCCAGGGUACCACAGUUCCCCACAGUCAAAACCCAAAAGCAAGGAGAUGAGUUGAAAGACAGUUUUUCUUUAAGUCAUCAGUAUGGGAUGUCAGCAGAACAAAAAUUAAAAAGAUUAAUUUUCCUUUUGAUCUAAAACUUCCUUAGUUUGAGCAGUAGGUGCUACGAAAUUAUUUACAUAUCUUAGUAUCAUAGUUAAAUGUAAUGUGUUUAGGAGAGGAAAACAAAAGAUACAUUUGCUUUAAAUUCAUUAAGGAAUUUUCAAAUUCACUUUGUAGCCCAUGCUGGUAGAAUUGGGCUGUGUUGGUACAUUUGAAACACUGUUUAUGUUGCUUGAAACACUUAUUUAUUUAAUCGCCGAUGUGAUGAUGCCUAUGGCCGAGAUCAAAUAUAGCUAGAUUGGCUAGACUACUUAUUUGUUUACUUAAACUAUGGGAAGAAGCAUAUUAUUGUGUCAUUCUGUUGUGUGUGUAUGUGUAUAUACAAUAUAAAUAUAUAUAUAUAAAGUUAUUUUUUCUUUGGGUUAAUUUAUUAUAAGUUGUAACACUUGGCUAGUUUUGUUUGUAUAUGUCUUAAAAUGUUUUCUUAUGAUAUUUAAGUGACAGUUAAAGAGGUAUCAAGGUAACUUGUGUAGAACUAUUGUUUGAUAUAUUGUCAUGUUUGUUGUGAAUAUUUUUUCUUACUGCACAGUAGAAAAAUAAAAACAACUGGGUCUUUAUUUUAAUGUAAUUCAGAUUGGGGAAAAAAAAACAGAGCUAAGGGAACAAAAUGACUGAGGGAGCAUUCUCCCACGUCCAGUGCACUGAUCAUUUUAGUAUGUUUGUGCUUUGUACGGUUAUAUAUUUAAAACAAAAACAAAACAAAAAAAUACAAGGGUUCAUGCUCUUCCCUGGGUAAUAGAAACAGUUACUCGCUAUGCAUAAUCUAGUUGAUAGUUAAAUUUGCUAUUGCUUUUCUUGUCUUGUUAUAUAAAAUCUUUUCAAUACAAGUUUAGUCUUAAUGGUAAUAAAACGUUAUGGUUAUUUAUAA